GAGCAGGUGUGUGUCAGUGGGAGUGAUGCAGACAACCGUGAGAAACUCCUCAAACAUUCCCCAGGGUUGAUAAAUACUCACUCCCUGCUCGGUCUCUGGGCAGAGUGACCAUGAUCCUGCAACAAUGGCUGGUUUUGGCUCUGGAAUGCACCUUAAUAUGCAUCUCCAGCCACGCUUCGCCUCAAAAGAGACAGUGCGCUUUCCAAGUGACAUCACAGACCUCGGCGUACUCUGCCGCCGGUAAUGUGAGUGGCUCCGUGCAGCUUUGUAAGAACACCCAGUGCUGUGUGGGAUUUUAUCACAUGAGCGAAGGACAGCUAAAAGUUGAUGUUCUUGCUUGUGACGUGGUUGAAAAGUCUUGCCCAGAUGCAACGUGCAAGGGACAACCACGCGUCAACAACAACUACAUUAUGUGCGUGUGCAACACAGACCUCUGCAACAGCAACAUUACUUGGACCACAGAGUCAGAACACCCUCCACGCAUCUAUUCUGCAACAGAACUUAAGAAAACUGCUGUAAACGUUCUGGUGGUGACUUUGCUCCUCAUCUGUUUCGGGAUAAUUGCACUCAAAUGGAAAAAGGCGAGUCUACAGUCCUCACAUCCUGAUUUCAGUGCCCCAGCACCGUGUUCCUGUCACACGACAAGAACCUCUGAGAUUGACAUUGAUCACAUUGAGCUGCAGCAGGUUGUGGGCCAGGGGCAUUUUGCAACGGUCUUUCAAGGGAAAUACAAGGGAUCUAUGGUGGCUGUGAAAGUUUUACCUGCAGGCUGGAAAUAUAAAUUUGCCGCAGAGAAAGAGAUUUAUGAGCUACCACUGAUGAAACACGGCGGGAUCGUCCACUUCCUGGGCAGUGGGAGGAAACCAGAUGACAGCAGCUGGUUCAUUGUGUUGCAGUUAGCUGAGUAUGGUUCUCUCCACUCCUUCCUCUGUAAACAAACCUCCAGCUGGAUGGUGUCACUGAAGUUGUGCCAGUCUUUAUCACAGGGACUUUCUCACCUCCACUCUGAACUUGGCAGCAACGAUGUGCACAAACCUCCCGUGGCCCACGGGGACCUCAGCAGCUUCAACGUGCUGGUGAGAGCAGAUGGUUCCUGCGCCCUGUGUGAUUUUGGAUGCUCCACCAUCCUGUGUUCUUGUUCGCGGUGUCGGUGCUGGCGGGGCCACGUCACAAACAUGGAGGGUCACACUCAGAUGGGCACAUUGAACUACAUGUCCCCCGAGAUCCUGGAAGGCUCUGUGAACCUGAGCAGCAGAUAUUUUCUCAUGCAAGGGGACGUGUAUGCUUUGGGUUUGCUUCUGUGGGAGAUCUGGAUGCGCUGCUCUGACCUAUUUGAAAGCAGUGUUGUACCACAGCAUCUCUUGCCUUAUGAGUUGGAGCUGGGGACCAGUGUAACGCUGGACAGCCUGAUCCUGUUCGUGUCUCAUAUGGACAAGAGGCCCUCUAUACCUGAACACUGGGAGCUGCUACCACAGGGAUCUGCACUGAAGGAGAUCCUGACUGAGUGUUGGGACUGUGAGCCAGAUGCCCGACUAACAGCACAGCGUGUUGUGGACAGAUUAGUCUGUCUUCAGUCUUCUUACUCCCUGUGACUUUUUAUGGUUAAGUUUUCCAGGUUACUAGUUGCAUAUGCAGUAAAUACAAGUGUUUUUGCCAUUCAUUCUCUCUGUGUCUGUAUAGUUUGUCAGUACAUUUUUCUCAAGCUGAAUUCUAGAUAUUUGGUGUGAAUAUGUAAUACUUGUUUGGAAACCUUUAAUAAAAUAAUC